UGACCUUAGUGAUAUCCUGGUCUCAUGGUGUACAGUCUGUAACUUGGCCAAGAGUAAUCUUUAAAGCCAAGGUAUAUAAAUAGACAAAGCUAUUGGUGUAAUUGGGUCUUUAGAAGCUCUAUAUGAGCUUUAGUCUAUAAUUUGACCUUUACCUGAAGGUGUUACAUCACUGAAGUACAGGGCAGGGGGGCUUAGAGGAGGAGGAUGAGGAGGAUGAAGGGUCUUAAUUGUUAACUGUUCUUCUCUCAGAACACACAAGAUGGCUGACGCAGCUGUUGCAGCUCCCGCCGACAAGAAGGCACCUCCCAAGUUUAAGCAGAGGGCCGCUCGUACCUUCAAGAGCAAGGCCCCUAAACCAGGCCAGAAGGGAUUUGGAGAUGAUAUUCCUGGCAUGGAGGGUCUUGGCACAGACAUCACAGUGGUUUGCCCAUGGGAAGCUUUUGGUGACAUGGAGCUUAGCGACCUGGCGAAAUAUGGAAUUGUCUAGAAAGACUGUCUUCAGCACAACUAUUUUACCUUCCUACACUGAUUUUCCUUCACCACCUCCUCCUCCUCUCUCACCCUGUUCUCUUUCACCCUUCAAAAUGACCUGACGUCUUUUGUUGUGUUAGCCCAACAUGGAAUUUGUGAAAGAAAAAUUGCACAUAAAUGAUGACUCAAAACUAAUCCAAAAUGCAGCAAAAUGUGAUUUCAAAGUUAUAUAAUUAUUUAUAUAUGCUUCACUGAGGUGUCCCUGAGCCAAUGAUACCAACAUUCCUGCCCCAUCAUUUGCACUCGACUUUU